UUGAAGUAUAAAAGGACCUCUUCAUUCCCCCACCACGACCCUAUCCUAAGCUCGCUGUGUCAAUCGUCGCUGGCGACAUUCACAAUGUCGAAUAAGAUAGUGCCUGGCAUCUACCGCGCGGUCAUAGACGAAGUCAUUUCCGCCAUUAAGCCCGAAUUCGACGAGUACGGCGUCAGCGAAGAAGUUCUUGCAGAGUUGCAACAUAAAUGGGAAAGCAAAGUCAUUGCAUCGCAUGUUGCAGAGUUUGAGCCACAGCCGCCUCCGCCUCCACAGCACCAUCAUAUGUACCCUCCGCAUCCUAUGAUGGUUCCCCAUCACCCGCACUAUCCUCCUCCGCACGCAUAUGCUCCACCGCCACCUCCUGUCGCGCAACCCCAAGGUCCACAAGUCAAGACGGAACCCGUGGAUAAUCGUUACGUCCUAAGUGCUCCUCCCCCGGGCAUGCCAUACGCUCUACCGCCGCUCCCUGGGCCUCAAUUGAACGGUCUCAAAACACCGGGCUUUCCUGGAGGACAGCAAGGCGUACUGUCGUUCCCUCCUCACCCAGGGCACUUACAACGUCCACCUACCAUGUCUAGGCCAUACGCGCCCCCAGUUCCGCAGCCACCUUCCAAAGCUCCUCAACAUUCUCCUCAGCCGCCAAGCGCUCCCGCCGCCGCCAGUCCCCCUGCACCUCAAGCAAGAGCACCGGGGCAGAGGAUCCCUCAGGUUGAUGGACCUUCGUCGUCUGAAUCAGACUCACCUUCUCCUCCGCCUAGUCAGCCAUUUGCGCCUCGUGCAUCUCACCCUUCGCUUCCCCAACCAUCGCAGGUAUCAUCGACGACGCACACAGAGGAUGCCGAGGCAAUCAACAGCGACCUCGACGACUCAGACACUGAGGGCGAAGAAGAUGCUGAAGAGGGUGGACAAGGCGAGACUGAUAUUGUGUUCUGCACAUACGAUAAGGUCGGCCGUGUCAAAAACAAAUGGAAAUGCCUUCUCAAGGACGGUAUGAUCCAUAUCAAUGGGAAGGACUAUCUAUUUGCCAAAUGCACGGGCGAAUUCGAGUGGUAGUCACGGCGCUAGCUUUACUACUAGGCACCUGUCAAAUCUCGUUCGUCAUUGCUCUGCUCAGCAGCUAUCUUGGACAUAAGCUUCGUCCUCAUGUCAUUUAAUCCCAGUGUAUUCUACCAGGCAUCGUAAAUUUUAUCAUUUUAACCAAA